GAGACGUUUGGCUGUGAGCACCACCAGAUCUAAGCCCAUUCACAAGUAUGGCCCUGUUAUACAAUCCUAGGUGAGAUUUUCAAGGCUGCUUUUUCUGAUGAGGCAGGGGAAAAAAGAUGAAAGUUUUUGAAAGUCAGGCUGGUUUACAAAACACCACAGUUGGGGGUAAUUGAGUUGUCUGGGCAAAAACCCACCUCUUUUAUAUCACUUUGAGACCUUUUCUUCUAGUCUGACACCUUUCCUGGAGCUAUUUAUUAAUCUAAUCCCUUCCAUGUUGUGCUUUCACGUAAAUGGCCUCUUUCGAUUGUCAUGGUAACUGUGUCAUGUGAAGUAGAUAAAAUGGCAAGAGGUUACAGCAGACUGCCAGUCAGUGAUGUUUGUAAAUAAUACUUAAUGGCCAUGCUUUGUGUGUGUCUUUUAAUUAUUUAUUUUAUUUAUAUGCAUUUUGCUCUCUAUUUUCUAUCUUGUUUCUAAACUCAGAUGAAUCAUUCUAAAAACUGAAUUUACUAGAAUAUAAAUUCAAUUUAAGUUACAUUUAGUUUUGUCCUGUCCCUUCUACUUCUUGUGAAUCCACUUUUAAGGUGUAGCCCAUGGCACACUAUUCAAAGCCCAAGGACAUUUCUUGAGUAACAAAAGAAUGCAUACUACUUCAGAUAUAUCCUACAUAUAAAAUCUGACCAAGAAUUACAAAUUACUCCUGCUCCAAAUGCAGGAGAUAAUGUUUCUCUGAUCAACCUUCCUUGGCACAUUAAAACUUUUCCAUUAAUAGCUGCCAUUUCAAAUAUAAUAUCCUUGGAAAUAGGAGCUUUGCUAUAGCUUUUUGAUUAUUGAAAAACUGGAAUAAUUACACACAGAGGUGACCACAAAGGGGAGGGGGCGGCAAAUUAUGACAACAGUGUCACAAUACAGCUCCACCCCUUUGUACAUGUGUUGUGGCAUCACAUGCAUGUAUAAACAAGGCAGAGCUCAUAGCACAUUUUAACGAAAGCCCCCAAUCUUGUAGGCCCCUCCAACUACUGUACAACAAAGGUAGGAAUGUCAGAGUGUCAGCUGAAUUAAGAACUUUUUAGAAAUACAACUUAUUGUGCAAUAAAUAUGCAACAUUACUUUUUUCUCCAGCUUUAGUCCACCUACCAAACAAAACUAUCAAACUUGCUUAUAAUUCAAUUGUCAUUCAAUUUCUAGUUUUUAUUCAGGUGUUACAGAAAACUACAUUGCUUCACUCUUGCUGGCAGGAUUAUUUAUCUUGCUAGCAGGAUUAGCUGCAGUUGCUAAGUGGAAAAUCACAUGACCGUGAUGGACUUACAACAUCACUUCCCAUUCAGUUAUUAAGCAAGUCACUGUGGUCAUUAAGCAAAACAUCACGUCACCACACUUUAUGAUUUUACUUCCACAUUCUCCAUUAACUCUGUUUGUUGCAAGCAGGUUGGGAAGCACAUAAAUGGCAAUCACAUCUGUGGGAUGCUGCGACAGUUAUAAAUCUGCACUGGUUGUAAAGUGCCUGAGUGGCAAUCGGUGACCGCAGCAUGCUGCUACGGUCACAGAUAUGAGGAUUGAUCGCAAAGCUGAUUUUCUUUACACAGUCAUAACUUCAGUCACCAAAUGAGGGAGCCAGUAAGCAAGGACUGCCCAUUAAGCAAGGACUACUGUUAUGGUCCACACCUUGAUGUAAACAAGAUGGGGGGCAGUAAAACUCUUAUAAGAAAAGCAACAACAAAAAAUUCAGCCAAAGGGUAAUACACUGGUGUGUUAUACAGUAUUUGUAAGGGACUUAUAUUUUGUCUGUAUUUCCUACCUACCUAUCAAAUUCUCUGUGUGACUCCAAGUUUGAAAGAGACUUCCCUCCAAAGAAGGGGGGGGGACCCUAAUCAGGCUUGCUUGGUAUUAGAAACUUAUAAUGGAAUUUUUGGAAAAUGACCAAGGAAAUAUUUGCAGAUUUUGUACCACUUGGAAUCUUAAUUCCAUUUAUCUGAGAGUUUAAUGGGACUUUGGAGGAUUUAUCUAUGGGAUUGAACUAAGACUGGAUUAAUACAUUACACUUGUUUGUUUCAAAUCUGGUUUGUUAAGUCAUAGUUGGCAACCAUAAAUCAUGGUUACUAAUUCCAAUCCUUGAGUUCACACAUCAUGGUAAGCCAGGCUCAAACAAACAAAUAUAUACAGUACUUCACAUUCAAAGGGGAAAAGGUGCUCUGGAGCCUACAAUGGUGCUGGAUCCCAGUUAAAGAUGAGUUUAGUUUCAGGGGUUGCCAAACAGAGCUACUUGUGUAUCCAUGUGCACUUCAGACAUAUUUUUUCCCUUUGGCUCUGCCCAACCUAUCAGUAAUGGAGUGGGAACUACCAAGCAGGAAGUCUCAAGAGUUGCGUGCUGGACUGGGAUGCUGAAUAAAAGAAAAACUUCCUGGAGGAAGGCUUUCAUAUGGUUGCCCAAACCCCCUACACUUUCCCAGGGAGUCUCUCCCUUAAGCCCCACUGAUUUCAGUCCAACUGGACCAGAUGAGGUCUGUGCAGAUUCAGGAGGUGUGGGGAGAGAUGAGAAAAGAGCUGUUGGGGAAAGCGAAAUUUGCUGGGACAUCAGCGUGAGAGGAGCGGAGGCAGCGAGACUGGUCAGAAGGCUCCUUAGCAAGGGUUGGCCCUUGCAGAAAAGGCUUUCCUAUCGCCUUUCCCCACCAUUUCUUCUGCCCUUCUCCGCACAUUCGAGAAGGGACAAGGAGCAGCCACAGUGCACCCGUUCUUUCAGUGACGGCGCUGGAAGCCCUGCGAGAGGCCGGCUGGAAAAGCCGCUCCAAAGUUGGCGAACAGACAAGAGCAGCAGCGGCGGCGCCCAGACGGGGCUGGAGCGAGGUGGGUCAGAGGCUGGGCCGGCGCUCAACGAGCGGCGGGGAUGGAUCGUCAGAGCUGGAAAAAGCGGCAGAAGGAAGGCGCGCUUGAGGCACGGGGGGAGCCUCGGGGAUCUGCUUCCGCGAGACUACCUCGAAACUGGUUUCCGCGUUUCGAUCAACACUUCCUUCGUCAGGCGGACACGGCUGUGCGGAUGUUUCGCCAAUGGCCCACGGGAACGUUUCCCGUCGAGUGGGUUUUAGUCCGCUGGUGGGCUGCGUGUUCUGGGCCACGGCCAGUGCUAAGUGGAAGUCGCCGCCUCUGCCUCGCCGAGGACGGGGUAGAUGAGGAAGGCGGCAUCAGAGGCUCGGAAGGCGAAGCUCGGCUCUGUCCCCAGGGAAGUCUCCCCUCGGCUGUCUGAGGCUGGAGCUCAGGGAGAGCGAGGAGAGAACCGGCCCGGCGGAGAACGAACUGCUGCGUCGCGGGAGAGCAGCCGUCAAGGUCUGCCCGCUUUGGGCACGCCGGCGUGCCUCGAAAGUAAGGAUGGUCUGGAAGAGAUGCCCGUUCCGAUGUCGCGCUUAGCCCACGACAGGGUAGGCCGCUCUCUCUUCUGCGCUGAAGUGCACGAGUCUCGCGUGCAUUUUCGCUAUUUUCUGUUCAAGUCUCUACACGCGUUUCUGGGUCGGCAUAACAAUUAAAUCAAGAAGCGGAGAGGCGAGGCUUGCGCCGGGGCUGGGCUCCUGGGUGAAAACACCGAAGAGCGCUUUCUUCUGUCGCGAGCAAAGCGGUUGCGGUCGAAGUCCUGGGAGGUUCCCCGGAAGGGCGGCGGGCAAACGGUGCAUUUUCGGAUUGCUCAUCGCACGGAGCCGGAGGCACAGAUGCGUCGCUGUACUCUGAAGGGGGAAGUUGACUAAAUUCAGUUGCAGUUUCUCCAAAUGACAGGGUGAGAACUGAAUGCCUGCAGAUCCACUAGCUUCUGGCACAUGCCUUCCCAAAGUGUUAGUUGUCAUGAGGUGUUCCCUGAAACGUUCACUUGCAGCAGCCAUUUCUCUCCUUGUGUUCCUGCUCAUCAUUAAUCUGGCUUCUUGGCCCCAUGAAGAUCUUGAGCUGAAGAAUGUUCAGAACUGGGCUCGAUCAGUGGGUGUGCACGAAAUUGUGGCUGACUGGACUUUAUAUAGCCUUCAAACAGUUACCAAUACCACGAACGUCCUGAAUAUCUCUUACCGCUACCUUGCUGGCAUGGCGCCACUCCAGAAAAAGUUUCUGACAUUAGGGCUGUGUUCUGUCAAGCGGAAGCGAGAGAGCUAUCUCCUGGAAACCCUGACUUCCAUCUUUAAGCAAUCUUCUCAAGAAGAACUGAAGGAAAUGGUGGUAGUGGUACAUUUAACAGAUCCAGACCAGGAGUGGAAUUCUCAAAUGGUGCAGCAAAUUGCCACGAGGUUUCCUGCUCAACUCCUUCAGAGAUACCUAGUGGUUAUCCACACCCCUCUUGAGUAUUACCCUCCCUUGGAAGGCCUAAAAAGGAAUUUUAAUGAUGCUGAGGAUCGUGUACGCUUUCGAUCAAAACAGAAUGUUGAUUAUGCUUACCUUGUGAAUUUUGCAGCCAACCUCUCCACCUACUACCUCAUGAUUGAGGAUGAUGUCCAUUGCUCCAAAUACUUCUUCACAGUAAUCAGAAGAAAUCUGGCAUCCCAGAAGGGCACCUCUUGGGUCACUCUGGAGUUUUCCAAACUUGGUUACAUUGCCAAGCUCUACCACUCUAGUGACCUCCCCCGGCUAGCUCGGUUCCUCAUGCUCUUUUACCAAGAGAUGCCUUGCGAUUGGCUUUUUGUGCAUUUCCGUCUCCUGCUUACGCAAAAGGAGGAAAUUCGUUUCAAGCCAUCCCUCUUCCAGCACAUUGGCCGCUACUCCUCCUUCCAGGGCACGCUAAACAGGCUGAAAGAUGAAGACUUUGAAGAGGAUCUCUCUGAACUCCCUGACAAUCCCCCAGCAGAUAUAGUAACAGAUAUUGUAACAUUUAAGAAUUAUAAACCCAGUAAGGCUUAUAGUAGUGUGGAAGGCUACUUCUGGGGCAAGGCCCCUUCUGCUGGCAACUCCUUUACAGUUAUCUUUAAGCAAGCUGUCUCCAUCUUCCGUAUCCAGAUCCAUACAGGCUCUCAGCAACACCCGGAAAGCUAUCUCCAGGAAGGACUUGUGGCACUGGGCACUCAGAAAUUGCAUACAUGGAGACCAGGUUGUACCAACUAUAUCCCCAUUGGGUACUUUGACCAAGGAAACUUUGAUAAGCAGAACCUAGAGAGUAGUACAUCCUCUGACCCUGAGUGUGUGCACAUUGUGGUAACUAAGAAUCAGAGUGAGUCGCUAAUCAUAAAUAGCAUAAGCAUCUGGAUAAAGCCUAAACCCUGACCAUGUGACUGAUCAGGAUCCCUCACAGUAUAUGACCAUUGCUCGUGGAUAGAUCCUUUCUGGAUAUAAGAAUCCAACAUGCAGUGGAAAAAGCCAGUUCUGUGUUCUCAGUCACUGUGAUGAGAUGUUUGUGAUCUGUCCAUCUAUUCUUAGAGUAUAAGAGCCCACCAAGAAUGUUCUUCAAAAAUGGCUACAAUUUGCAUUAUCUUCUGCUUGUCAGGGACCCUCCUUCCCCAGUUGGUGUUAUGCAGAGUGCAGCUAUAAUCACAGUUCAUGCCAAAAAUAUACACCAGCGUUAGAGAGAUUUAAAGAA